CACUAACACGUUAUCAUAUCGCGGGGCGCAUUACAAACCGCCGCGGGGCUCAAAAGAAAAAAAAAAGAGAACACGAAACAACUCAAUUCGCACACCGAUUGCAACCAUGUUACAAGCCAUCAAGUACAGCCAGGGUCACCUGGAGAUCCUGGAUCAACUGCAACUGCCCUUCGUCGAGAAAUACAUUCCGAUCGAGACCGCCGAAGAUGGCUGGAAUGCGAUUAAGGAGAUGAAGGUUCGAGGCGCACCCGCCAUUGCAAUCGUUGCCAUGCUGGCGCUCGCCUCGGAAUUGCAUUCGCUCCAGGCCGCGGACAAGAUCCCCACGUCGGCCGAGGAAACGAAAGCGUUGAUUGCGCAGAAGCUAGAGUACCUGGUUACCAGCCGUCCAACGGCCGUGAACUUGGCUGAUGCGGCGCAGAAGUUGGGGGCCUUGGCGACUACGCAAGCUGGCCAGUCGAGCGCUUCGGGCCAGAGUGUCGUGGCUGUUUUCAUUCAGGGUGCGGAGGAUAUGAUGGGCAAGGAUUUGGAUGAUAAUCAGCGCAUUGGUCACAAUGGCGCAGAGUGGAUUAUGGCCAAUGCCACCAAGCCUGGUGUCGCCGAUGUUGCGGUUUUGACGCACUGCAACACCGGCUCCCUUGCCACGUCCGGCUACGGCACUGCCCUAGGAGUGAUCCGCUCGCUCGCAUCGAAGAACGUCCUACGUCACGCCUACUGCUCCGAGACAAGACCCUAUAACCAAGGCUCCCGCCUGACGGCCUUUGAAUUGGUUCACGAUAAAAUUCCUGCUACACUGAUCACGGAUUCCAUGGCAGCGGCACUGCUGGCCGAUGCCCAGGUCGGCGUAAACGCCAUUGUGGUGGGCGCAGACCGCGUGGCCGCCAACGGAGACACGGCCAACAAGAUCGGCACCUACAGUCUGGCCGUCCUGGCCAAGCACCACGGAGUGAAAUUCUUGGUCGCCGCGCCCCGCACCACCAUUGAUAUGGCUACCAAGUCCGGGAGCGACAUCGUCAUCGAGCAACGCCCGGCUUCGGAGAUGACCAGCAUCAAGGGUCCUCGCGCCGGGGCUACCGCUGUCGAUGGCAAUUUGACUCUGGAGACUGUCUGCAUCGCUGCGCCCGGAAUCAAUGUGUGGAACCCUGCCUUUGAUGUCACGCCGGCGGCCCUGAUCGACGGAAUCAUCACCGAGGUGGGGGUGGUCGAGAAGGGACCCGAUGGUCAAUUCCACAUGGAGGGGCUAUUCAACGGCUCUGCUCCUCAGGCUUGACCUGAUCCUCUUGUGUCUUUGAGUUAUGCGGUGCUGCAUCAGCCGGUUCCUGCUGCGACGAAUCCUGUUUCUCGAAAAAGGCUAGCAGCUCAUCCAUUUUGCCUUCGAGAGCGUUAAGGUGGGUUUCCAGUGCCGAGGCGGUUUGUUCCCCCCUGUUGUCCAUGUCAGAUAGCGAAACUAGGGGGGUUGAGCAUUAUGUGAUAUACUUUGCGAUGUCGGCCAAGGCCUAGGAGGUUAUGAGUAUUAGCGUGUGUCUCUUUGCUGUAGAAUCUGGGAGGUGAGCGGGAUCACCCCGUCACCGGCAUCGUAGACUCCUAGACUCACCUGGGCGAGCCCCAAUUCAUCCUUUGGAGGCAUAUUGACUGUAGGUGUUUCACACUAAAACCGGCGAAUCUCGAGUGUGCGAUGAUUGAACGGGUGAGGUGUGGGGGAACGCGGGAAUGAGCCAAUGUUGGGGGGGCCGUCGCAGCAGUGGGACAGGUGGAUACCCGGAGAAAGGAGAUACAAUAGAUCCGCCAAGAUUAGUCACGUACAAUUACGGCGGACGACAAGGAGAAGGCCAUAACCCUGAAUUUC